GCCAGAUUUCAAAAUGAUCGCGAAUGCCAAAAGAAGUCUCUUCAGUUUUCUUCUUGGGGCAAGUAUAGUUGUGGUCCCUCUUCUUGCAUAUACACACAGGACGUUAUAUAGUAUCAUAACUGAUUGGUACAUAUAUAUAUUGAUUGGAUAUGUUGCUGCUGUCAAUCUCAUAUUGUUGGGUCUUUACAAAGGAGGACAAGCAUUUCAGGUAGUGGUAAGAGGCGGUGGGAUCGGUGUCGCCUUUGGAGCAGGAUUAAUACUGAGUUUCUCGGAUAACACUGUGACACACUUUGGCUGGUACCUCACAUUUCUUGCGUUCUUCCAUUGGUCGGAAUACUUCACAACUGCUGUAUGUAACCCUCACAGCCUCACAUUGGAGUCAUAUUUGCUCAACCAUAGUAGAGAAUACAAGAUUGCUGCUGUUUCCAGUUGGAUUGAGUUCGCCAUUGAGUGGUAUUUCUUUCCAGGUCUGAAGCAGUUUCGGUUUAUCAGUUUCAUUGGACUUUUAUUGAUGAUAUUUGGUGAAUCACUACGUAAGAUUGCCAUGGUAACAGCCAGGGCAAAUUUUAAUCAUUAUGUGCAGCAUGUGAAAGAGGAGGGUCAUACACUAGUCACUCAUGGUGUUUACCAAUACACUCGUCAUCCCUCAUAUGUUGGCUGGUUUUACUGGAGUAUAGGAACACAGUUGACUCUGUGCAAUCCACUCUGCAUAGUGGCGUACACAGGAGCAUCAUGGAUGUUCUUCAAAGCUAGAAUCUAUGACGAGGAGAUCUCACUUUUAAACUUUUUUGGUGAAGACUAUUUGGACUACAAACAGAAAGUUGGAACUGGAUUACCAUGGAUUAAAGGUUAUAAAGUUGAGCCUUAGUCCAUAUUAAUUUUUAUGUGGACCAUUUUAUAUGAAUUAAUUUAUUUUGUAUGUACAGCAUUGUAUAUUUGAUACUAAAUAGUACUAGUGUGUGGGGAAGGCUGUGUCAAACACAGCCAUGGUUGAGACAAUGACAUCAAUUGCAAUAGCUCAAGGCUCAACAAAUAGCCUUAAAAGACAACUGAAAUAAUAAUUUAGACCUAAAGGAAUCAUUUUUAUUUAAUAAUGGAUUUAUUUGAUGAUGUCAUCGAAUCAGUCAUGUGGCAACUGUUUCAUUUUACUAUACGUGGAAGCUGCUUAAUAAGCAAA